UCCCUUAGACUUUUCCAGAAGUCUCAGCGCGUGGUUCUCUGCACAGAAGGGGCUGUUGGUGGUGUAGUUGAUUUGUGUCUUUUUAGAAAAAAACCAUUAUAUAUACGUUUUUGUGCUUUUUGGCAAACCGCUUGUUUAGCACUUAAAAUGUCCUCUUUGGGGACUCUCGCUUUCGAUGAAUAUGGACGUCCGUUCAUCAUUAUCAAGGACCAGGAUAAGAAAACUCGGCUGACGGGCCUUGACGCGCUGAAGUCCCACAUCAUGGCAGCCAAAGCAGUGGCAAACACACUGAAGACUUCUCUGGGACCCAAUGGUCUCGAUAAGAUGAUGGUGGACAAGGAUGGCGAAGUGACCAUCACGAACGACGGAGCAACAAUUCUCAGCAUGAUGGAUGUGGACCACCAGAUUGCAAAACUUAUGGUCGAGCUCUCCAAAUCUCAGGAUGACGAGAUUGGUGAUGGAACCACAGGUGUAGUAGUGCUUGCUGGAGCCCUUCUGGAGCAGGCUGAGCAGCUGCUGGAUCGUGGGAUCCACCCAAUCCGCAUUGCAGAUGGCUACGACCAGGCAGCACGCAUUGCUAUUGAGCACUUGGACAAUAUUGGUGACAGCUUCCCAGUGGACCCCAAUAAUACAGAGCCACUCAUCCAGACAGCCAUGACCACCCUGGGCUCUAAAGUGAUCAAUCGUUGCCACAGACAGAUGGCAGAGAUUGCGGUCAAUGCCAUUCUAACUGUUGCAGACAUGGAGAGGAAGGAUGUUGACUUUGAGCUGAUCAAGAUGGAGGGGAAGGUGGGCGGGAAGCUUGAGGACACCCAGCUCAUCAAGGGUGUGAUUGUGGACAAGGAGUUCAGUCACCCCCAGAUGCCCAAGGUUUUGAAAGAUACAAAAAUUGCCAUACUUACCUGCCCAUUUGAGCCUCCAAAGCCCAAGACAAAGCAUAAGCUGGAUGUGACUUCUGUAGAGGAUUAUAAAGCUCUGCAGAAAUAUGAGAAGGAAAAAUUCCAGGAAAUGAUACAGCAGAUCAAAGACAAUGGAGCCAACCUUGCAAUUUGCCAGUGGGGUUUUGAUGAUGAAGCAAAUCACUUACUGCUGCAGAAUCAGCUGCCUGCAGUACGUUGGGUUGGUGGACCUGAAAUUGAGCUAAUUGCUAUUGCAACGGGUGGCCGAAUCGUGCCAAGGUUCUGUGAGCUCACGCCCGAGAAACUGGGCACUGCAGGACUGGUGAAGGAGAUCUGCUUCGGCACUACGAAAGACCGCAUGCUGGUGAUAGAGGAGUGCAAGAACACCAGAGCUGUUACGGUCUUCAUUCGUGGAGGAAACAAGAUGAUCAUUGAGGAAGCCAAGCGUGCUUUACAUGAUGCCCUCUGUGUCAUUCGCAACUUGGUGCGAGAUAACCGUAUUGUGUAUGGGGGUGGGGCUUCAGAGAUCUCAUGCGCUCUUGCAGUCAACCAGGCCGCAGACAAGUGCCCCUCCCUGGAGCAGUAUGCCAUGAGGGCAUUUGCGGACGCACUGGAGGUCAUCCCUAUGGCACUUGCAGAGAACAGUGGUAUGAACCCCAUUCAGACCAUGACUGAGGUUCGGGCCAGACAAGUGAAGGAGAACAACUCGGCACUCGGAAUUGAUUGUCUGCAUCUGGCCACGAAUGAUAUGAAGCAGCAGCAUGUGAUUGAGACUCUGAUAGGGAAGAAGCAGCAGAUUUCUCUGGCCACACAGGUGGUGAAGAUGAUACUGAAGAUCGAUGACAUACGAAAUCCAGGAGAGUCUGAAGACUAAAGUAGCAUUUUUCCCUAGAUACAUUUUUUCCCAUGUCAGCGUGAAAAUGCCAAGACUGAAGUACAGUUAUUUAUUUCAUACCAUGAUACUGUUCAAACUGUAAUUGUACUUAGUUCAGAAAUAAACUUGGUAUGAUGGAAGGUUGCUUUAGGCAUAUUUGUCCAGAACAAACUGAUUUUAUUAAAGAAACCUUGACAAAGUUGUGCUGUGCUGAAUAGUAACACUUGUCAUUAGUUUUUUCCACUGUACACAAAAUCAAUUCACUUUCCACAUUCUGCAGUUCAGAAGUCCUCAACCAACACAU